AUGUAUUAUUUAGCUGUUUCAUACAAUCAACCACGAUUUAAUGAAUGUACCACUUGGAAUUCAACUGGAAUUACUUUUCAACCAACCUUUCAAUUUAGCAAUGCUUAUGGUAUUUUUAUUGACACAAAUAAUUCAGUCUAUGUCGCUGAUCUACAAAAAAAUCAAGUUUCUAUUUGGAUUAAUAAUUCUAUUCAGCCAACAAAAAUAAUAUCCAAUAAUAUCUACAGCCCAUAUUCCGUUUUUGUUACAAACAAUGGUGAUAUUUUUGUUGAUACGAAUGGUAGAAUUGAUAAGUGGACAUUAUGUUCAAAUAUUAGUAUUACUGUCAUGGAUUUUGGUUCGUCAUGUUUCGGUCUCUUCGUUGAUAUCAAUGAUACGUUAUACUGUUCACCGUCUUCUUCUAAUAAAGUUAUGACAAUAUGGUUAGGUAGUAAUGCAACAUCACUAAAAACUUUGGCUGGAACUGGUUCUAUUGGCUCUACCUCGACUAUGCUUAAUAAUCCUCGUGGAAUUUUUGUUGACAUUAAUUUUAACUUAUAUGUAGCUGAUUGGGGAAACGAUCGCGUUCAACUUUUUCAAUCGAAACAAUCAAGUGGAAUAACAGUUGCAGGAAGUACAUCAAUCAAUAUUACGAUUGCAUUGUCGAAUCCGAGUGGAGUUGUAUUAGAUGGUGAUGGUUCUUUAUUUAUUGUCGAUACUGGCAAUAAUCGCAUUGUUAGAUCAACUUCAAAUGGCUUUCAUUGUAUAAUUGGAUGCAAUGGAGGUGGUUCACUAUCUAAUCAACUAUCAAAUCCACGACGAAUGGCUUUUGAUAGUUGUGGCAACAUAUAUGUUACAGAUCCAGGCAACAGUCGUAUUCAAAAAUUUCUUUUAUCGAUAAAUUCAUGUGAAACAACAACUGAAAUUAGUUCAACAAUGAACAUCAACGGCAAUUCCACUAUGUCUUCAACGAAAGUACAACAUGAUACUUCUGUCAAAGAUUUAACAACAACUGAAAUUAGUUCAACGAUGAACAUCAACGGCAAUUCCAGUAUGUCUUCAAUGACAGUACAACAUGAUACUACCCCCAAAGAUUUCACUUCAACAUUUUCAAUAAAUCAAUUAACAACGAGUGAAUCAUCUAUAUCUUCACCAUUCUUCGUUAUGCCAUUCUGUGGACAAAAUAAAAUUGGUUUAACUUGUAAUAUAUCAUCGGCACCUUGUGAUAUGAUGCAACUUUGUGAAAAUAAUGGAACUUGUAUUAAUAAUAAUAGCAUUGCCGAUGGUUAUAGUUGUUCCUGUUCACAAGGUUUCAAUGGUUCAAAUUGUGAAAUUGAUAAUCGACCGUAUCAAUCAAAUACGUGUUGGAAUAAGGGUAUAUGUAAUCAAACAUCAGACACAACAUUUGAAUGUUUAUGUAAACCAGAAUGGAUUGGUACUCAUUGUGAAAUACAAAUAGAUUAUUGUCAAAAUGUUACAUGUUUAAAUAAUGGUGUAUGCCAACCAUUAUUAGGUGAUUAUAAAUGUGAAUGUCUUAGUAAAAGUUAUUCUGGUGAAUAUUGUGGAAUCAUUUCACGAACAUUAGUCAUUCGUCAAACAGUAUCAAAAUCAUUUGGUUAUAUAUGUUAUUUGAUGAUUGGAUGUAUUUGUUCGUUUUUUAUUGUAAUGGAUAUAUUAAAAUAUUGUUUUGGAAUUGAUCCAGCAAAAGAUCAACUAAAAAGAAGAAGAAGAAGACGACAACGAAUGAAAAAAAUAAAACGUCCUCCGCAAAUUCAAAAAUUUAUUUAUAUUAAUUAA